AUCUGUUUCCGCAAUAACGCUGCAGGAAAGCGGAAAAGGGCGCCAUGCCAGGCAGCGUGAACGGAGGCUUCAACUCCAAGAAAAAGUCGUGGCAGAAAAGAAAAGCUCAGAAGAGUCGUGAGGUGAAGAAGCGCAAGGGCGUGGCCGUGAAGCACAAGCAGGCGGUGAAGGCGGUGUCUGGUGUGCGCACAAAGAAGCAUCAGCGCAAGGUGAACCACGCCCAGAAGCUAGACGAGAAGCAGGAGGCGGCGCUGGAGUCUGCGAUGCAGGUUGACACGGCAUCUCCCGCCAAGCCAGCCAAGAAGAGGGGCCCCAAGCAGCUGAGCAAGAAGCAGGGCAAGGGCGCCAAGAAGGCGGCGCCGGCAUCGGCAGCAGCGGCCGGGGACGCUGCGCCGAUGCAGGAGUAAGGGCGGUGCCGUCCCGGCCGCGGCAGUGGCAGCACCGCCGACGGCGGUGCCAGCAGCGGUGCCAGAACGGCCAGCAGCUCACUAAAAGGCUCGACUAGACAGCAGUGCAGUAGCAGGACAGCGACGCAACUGUGAUUAGGCAGCAGCAUCGACAGCAUUAGCAGACGAGCACGGCAGCGGAACAGCUACCGUGCCAGUAAGCGCAGCGUGCAGCCUCUGUGCGCAGCACGCAGCCAGGCGGUAGGCAGCCUCAGCGCGCAUGGCGUGCGCUGGCGUCGCCGAGGCGGUGAUGGC